AUGACAAUCAAGUCAUAUAGUUAUGAGGCUGAGGCACUUGUGAAAGAGUAUCUGCUUGCAGAGUCAUUUGUGCCUUACAUUUCUGUCCUCGGAGGCAUUGCCAUGUGCAAAAUGGUAUCCCCUUCCUUCUUUUCAUCAGAAUUGACAUCUAUUUCAUGUUCUUUCCGAAACAAAGCCAUCAUCAUACGCAUUUAAGGGAUACCCAUGUCGGUGGUGUAAUUUUAUUAACUAUAUAUAUAUAUAUUUAAUCUUAUUUUUGUUUCUUUCAUAAUAUUCUCCUCAGACCGUCUUCUGAAUGCUGGCGAUCACUCUUUUUUUUUUUUUUUUUACUAUUUAUGAAGCUCUCAAUUUUUCCGUGUAUUGGUGGUCUGCAGAGCAAUGAAAUAUUAAAUUCUCUCUAAUUCUUGCGACCAAAGUAAUUUUCCAUUAUUUCCCAUUAUCUGAAAUCCCAUUUCUAGAAUAAUACACUUUUUUUUUUUGGCAUUUCCACCAGAAUACUUCCAACAUAGAAAAGAAUAUGCCCCUUCUAGUCUUCAUAUCCUCUCACCACCGAUCUAAAAAAAACUAUGUUAUAUUUCUGCAUCAGGCAGCAUCACAAGAGAUGAUGAUCCAUUUCUUAUACCAGAACAUCCCAUCAUCUCCAUCUCAUCAUAUUUACUAUUUAUAGAAACAUUGCGGAGUCAACGACAUUUAGCACUCUGUUUAAUGGAGGACGAAGAACUGCUUGUAAUCACCAUCAUGAUCCGGAAGAGAUUGAAGAAUUUCCUAGGAAUCCUGCGAGAUCAAUUCUUUCUUUCUUCUGGGUUCGAAUCCUACCGAGUUUUCCACAAGAGAUCAGAAUCUUUUUUUAAGAAAAAAAAAUGGAUAUUUGAUCUUGCGAUUUUAUUUUGUUGUUGUUGUUGUUGUUGUUGUUGUUGUUGUUGUCCUCAAGACGAAUCUUUUUCAGUGAAAUGGAUCCUUUACCAUGUUCUUCUGUGUCCAUACUUCCUCAGGCAUACGACAUCACCCACUGGUUCAGCUCACAGUACAUCGAUGGCUAUCGCUCUCUCACCAAGGUUCAGCGCAUCGAGUGGAACAACAGGUUGGUGCUUCUUUGUAUGGCUCUUGUGCUCUCAUGCCUCGUGAUCUCCGGCGCCAUCUCCCGCACAUUUCUUCAACAUCUCGCAGAGGAAUGUCCAGCGCCCACGCGAUCUACAUCACGGUCAUGUCUCUGUUCCUGGUCUUCUACUCGGAUCUCUUCUCUGAUGAUGCUCCGGGGGGGCCCACUGUUUUCAGAAGUUCACCGCUCUCCAUUUUCACACUCGGGGUAAUUCAUUUUUCUCAUUAUGAUAAAUAUAACCAUAGAGAUCAUUAAAAAAUGAUCCAUAGAAUCUAAUCGUCCAUUUUGAUUCCGGAUUACUUAUCGUAGCAAUAAUCCUGUGAUUUUGUAAAGAUGGGUCACCAAGAAGAAGGAGAAAAUAAAAGUUGGAUUUCAUAAUCGGUGUAUAUGUUUCUGGCAGGUUUCAGUGGGGUAUUUCAUCACGGACCUUGCAAUGAUCUUCUGGUCAUAUCCUUCUCUUGGAGGCAUGGAAUAUGUAAGCUCUCUCUCCCUCUCUAUCUCUCUAUCUAUCUAUAUAUAUAUAUAUAUAUCUGUCUCUGGCUCUCUCUCUCUCUCUCUCUCUCUCUCUAUCUAUCUCUCUCUCUCUCUAUAUAUAUAUAUAUAUGUCUCUGGCUCUCUGGCUGUCUGUCUGUCUGUCUCUGUCUGUCUGUCUGUCUGUCUGUCUGUCUCUCUCUCUCUCUCUCUCUCUCUCUCUCUCUCUCUCUCUCUCUCUCUCUCUCUCUCUCUCUCUCUCUCUCUCUCUCUCUAUCUAUCUAUCUCUCUCUUUCUCUCCUGUAUGUGUAUAUAUAUUGUUUUUUGGGUAAUUAAUUAACUUGAUUCAAUGGCAUGUAGCCCCGUUGGUGCAAUUUGAUUCCAAGUUCCUUCCCCUCUUGGGAGUCUGACUUUACCGAAUCUGGAAUCGUUGACAGGUUUCCCACCAUCUCCUUUCGGUCUUCGCCAUAUCCUACGCCAUUCUUUCCGGGGAAGGCCAGCUGUACACGUUCCUGUGCCUCAUUUCCGAGACGACCACCCCCGGCGUCAAUCUGAGAUGGUAAAAAUAAGCCCAUCUUAUUAUUAUUAUUAUUAUUAUUAUUAUUAUUAUUAUCAUCAUCAUCUACCCCGUUGACUGAGUCCGGAUUCGCCUAUGAUACGAAGGUUUCUUGACGUUACUGGGAUGAAGAGAACCAAGACGUACAUCGUCAAUGGAGUCGUGAUGUUCUUCUCCUGGGUGGUGAGCUUUUGAUUCUUGGAUGGAUCAUAUCCAGAAUUGAAUGUGCUUCUGAUGAUCACGAUUGUGGGAGGGGGGAAAAAGUAGAAAAAAAAAUCCACGGGAUUUAUCCUUAAAUGAAUGAAUAAAUAGAUAUGGCAACAUCUUGGGAUAUUAAUCUAUAUAUAUAUAUAUAUAUAUAUAUAUAUUAAUAUCGUGGUUUCCCAGUUGGAUUUUUCACGCUUGUGAGAUGAAAUGAUUGAUUUUUUACCUGAUAUGGCAGGUUGCGAGGUUGCUGCUGUUCAUGUUCCUGUUUUAUCAUCUCUACUGCCACUAUGAGCAGGUGAGAAAGGCCCUCUAUUUUCCAAAGUCAACUCAUCCUUGCCAGAGAGGAGACCCCCCACUUGUAGCCAUCCCGGUGGCCCUAGGAUUCUCCUUCUCCCCUCUCCUGGACUUUGACUUUGAGUUCAAGUUUGAAGUCCAUACACCAAUUACUCACCUUGACCUUUUGACUUUCGGCUCUUGAGUUUGACUCUUGAGUUCCAAGGAAGAAUUAUCCCUCACCACUGUUAAAGUCCGCACACUGAUUAUUCUCCUUGGACUUUACCACUAAUAAAGUUCACACACCGAACUCAACACUCCCCUGCAGGUGAAGCAGAUGGACAGCUUCGCGUACGUGAUCGUGUUCUCCGUGCCGUCCGUGCUGGCCGUCAUGAACGUCGUCUGGUUCGGGAAGAUCCUCCGCGGCCUCCGGAGGACCCUCACCAAGAGUCAGUGA